GUACUUGUGAAAGUAAUCAUUCCCAAACCUGAAUUUUACUGUAUAAUUUCAAAUAGUCAGUUAAUUUCUAAAAUUGUUGGGUCGUUUCAGUGCGCAAACGGUUGGAAAGUUUAGCACUUACAAAACAGUUAACGCCACUGAUUGUUUAUCCGCAAUUAGUCCCAAAUUGAACUACAUUUAGACUUAAUAUGGACAUCGAAAAAUCUAGCAGCAGCUCUUUUGAAGAUCUAACCAAUGCCGAUGACACCAACGAUAUUCGGUCAACCCAUUCCAAUGUGGAUGAAUCCGAAACAUCCGAAGCCGAAUCGGCUCCAAUGCAAAGUAGUAGCAAUAGCGAAGUUAAUACAAAGCAGCAAGAUGAAGAUAUGGAUGAUGAAAUCGAAUGCGAUAUUUUGGGAAAUAAACAGCUAAUUAAGCGUAUUAUUAAAAAGGCACCAGCCAAUGCCAAAAGACCCAAUCGCGGUGAUCUGGUAACGAUCACAUAUACGGGUAAGUUGGAAGAUGGCACCGUUGUAGAAAAGGAAGAGCGCUUCCAAUGUCAUGUGGGCGAUUUCGAGGUGGUCCAAGGCUUAGAUAUGGUGCUGCCAAUGAUGCAUGUUGGCGAAGUAGCACAAGUUAGCAUCGAUCAACGCUUCGGCUACGGCACCAUAGGUCUUAAAACUGAAAAUCCACCAGAAACUGUUAUACCACCCAACACUAAUCUGAUUUAUGAAUUAGAACUGGUUGACGUUAAGUUUGAGGACUUCGUUGAUUUGAAAUCUUUCGAUGUUUUGCGUAAAUAUGGUGCGAGGAAAAAAGAACGUGCUAAUUUCUUUUACAAACGUGUAGAAUACAACAAUGCAAUUCAUCUGUAUAGACGUGCGCUGGACUAUUUGGAUAAUCGUGAUGGUGAUCCCGAUGCUGAGUUUGGCAAAGAAGAUCUAGAGCUAUCCAACAGUGAUUUGCAAAGUCUAUUAGAAGAUCGUCUUAUUGUCUAUAACAAUUUGGCAAUGGCUCAGAUCAAAGUUGGAGCUUACGAUGCUGCAUUGCAGUCCGUGGAACAUGUGCUACGUUGCCAGCCCAAUAACCCCAAGGCCCUAUAUCGCAAGGGCAGAGUGCUCGAGGGCAAGAAUGAUACGCAAGGGGCAAUCAAGCUGUUGCAGAAGGUUGCGACACUGGAGCCGGAUAAUAAAUCUGUACAAUCAGAUUUGGCUAGACUCUUUAUAAAGGCACGCCGAGAUGAGCACAACGAAAAAGAAAUGUACCAGAAAAUGUUAGGUCAAGCUAAGAAAAUGGAGCAAAAGACCAAUGUUCGACAGAAAACACCCUUGGUAGAUAAUUCAAAAUUAAAACUAAUCGGAUUUUUAAUGGGCACCAUUUUAAUAGGAGUUGCUGGUGUAGCUAUUUACCGCUACAAGUACUGAUCAGGAUAAAAAUAAAGUAUAUUUUGCAAGUCGGUACUUUAAGCAAUUUAUAAUGCAUUUUAAAGAAGGAAACAUCUAUAUAUCUAUGUCAAAAUUAUCAAUGUUGGAAAAUGGUUGCUUAUAGUGAUACCCUUUGAAAUGCACAGAGAACGAUUACUAGCACACUCAAAACAGUAACCAUAAGUUAAGAGAUUAGAUAAAAUUCAACAAUUUAUUGCAAAUAUAUAUAUAUAUAUACAUGUGUGUAUAUAUGUAUAUAUAUAUUACAAUUACAAAGCCUUUUGAAAACAAACGAUGUAACAUCGAUUCAGAUUUAACCCAAAAUAAAAUUGAUCAAGUAUUUAUAAGUCAAA